UAAACUAUACCAUUACUCUCAACAGAUCUUCUCCAACGUCAUGGAUGUAGCCUAUAGUGUAGGUCCCGUAAUACAUAAGCAUAGAUAGGCCACUGAUUCGUUCAGAAUUCUGCCUGUUCCUGUUGGCUGAAUAGGACACGUCAGCACUCAAUUUUGUUACGUGUUCACUACAUGGCAUUCCAAAGUCCWAAAACACUCUUCCGGAUAGCAUUGUAGUGAUACAUGACACCUCGCUCUUGGCGAUACAGCCGAUCGCUAAACUUCUAAACAGCAAUAGCAACAGAUGAUAUCGACCAACCGAACUGACAGAUCCGUGUCAAAAGGAGUCAUCAUCAACGAACGAUUUCUUCGCGUGCCAGUUGGUAACGUUCUGCGGAAACUGCUGCAUUUGGGUUCCAUCGAAAAUGGCAAAUGCAAACAAGAUGAGAACGCUUUCAAUAGUCAGGUGAUUCAAGCCAUSAUUAUUGUAUCCAAAGGUUGCCUUUAACGUUACGAAAAUGAGGUUACGAUUUCUCAAAAAGAACCUUCUCAUUAUCCUUGGUGUUUCUUUUAUUAUUGCCACUGUCAUGAUCACAACACGUGUCUUCAUUUCUGAUGAAGUCACGGGUGUUGUCGCUCAGGAACACAUGUUGUCUGAUGACAUGGCAAAGUUUCAGUACAGUUCUGUUCCAGAAUUGAUAAAGUCCAUUUACAAUGCUAAUUACAAGCAAUACGUUCAGAAUGCGGACAAGUAUCCUGGGGAGCCUAAAUUGGUCCUGGUUAUUCAGGUGCACAACAGACCAGACUACCUCAAAAUACUCAUCAAGUCAUUGGAAAAUGCCGCUGAGGUCCACAGCUUACUGUUGAUUUUCAGCCACGACUAUUUUUCAGAGGAAAUCAAUUACAUAGUGCAAGGGAUAACUUUCUGCAAGGUCUUGCAAAUAUACUUCCCCUACAGCACACAGCUCUAUCCCAGUGAGUUUCCUGGGCAGGAUUCACGGGACUGUCCACGAGACAUAUCCAAGGACGAUGCUUUAAAAACAGGAUGCCUCAACGCUGAGCAUCCAGAUUCGUAUGGCCACUAUAGGGAAGCCUCCAUCACACAGACCAAACACCACUGGUGGUGGAAACUUCACUUUGUGUGGGAGCGAGUGCAAGCUCUACAAGGUUACAGUGGCUUUGUUGUCUUCCUCGAGGAGGAUAACUUCAUCUUGCCCGACCUCUACCACCUCUUCAAGGAGAUGGUUGGAUACAGGAAGAGCAGCUGCCCUGACUGUGACAUGUUGGCACUAGGCAACCACAACGGCCUGGCAGAGUUUGAUAAGCUCAGCAACAAGGUGCAGACUGCCGGGUGGAUGUCUACCAAGCACAACAUUGGCAUGGGCAUCUCCAGAGAGGUGUACUACAAGCUAAUGGGGUGCAACAAUGACUUCUGCUCCUACGAUGACUACAACUGGGACUGGACCCUCCAGCACCUGUCAGGGACUUGCAUCUCCAAGCCACUCAAAGUGCUGGUGGCACAGGGGUCCAGGGUUCUCCAUACGGGUAAYUGUGGGCUGCACCAGAACAAGGAGGCCUGUCGCCCUGAGCUGGCCCUAAAGAAAGCACAGGAGUCCCUUAAGCUUGCCAAAGCCUCCCUCUUCCCUCAGUCCCUGGCCCUAACAAACGCAGAUUCAGUGGAGCACAAGGCUCAUCUGAAAAACGGAGGGUGGGGUGAUAUCCGUGACCAUGUCCUUUGUAAUAACUAUGCCAAACGUCUAUGAACUAUGGACUUCUCAUUCUCUUUUUGAUGUACUGAGAGGAUUGAGGAAAUAAGUGCCAUUAAAAUGUUCAGGGUUCCAAAGGCUGCAGUGUGUUAUAUAUUUUUGUGUUUUUAAUGAGGUCUUCCAAGGGGUUAGCAAAACAUUUUGGGGGGUAUGUUAUGGUGUGUAUGCAGCAGUGUGAUUUAUAGCUUGGUUGUUAUUACUGUUAUUACUAAAAGUAACAUGAUUGCCAAAUAUAUUUCUUUCUUUUUCAAAACAGAUUAUACAAGCUGAUUCUUUUUGCUUUCUCUUUUUAUGUAACCGGGUUUGCUUUUUAUUUCUUAAAAAUUAAGACACAUUUUAGUUGAAGUUAAGUAAAGCAUUACAAUGUUAUACUUUAUAAAAAAUAACAUACAAUGUUUCAGCGCCAGCAGUUAAUUAUUAUGGUACACAUAAAUUACUUUACAUAGAAAACAAAACUGAAUCAGCGUUAUACAUCCUUGACUUCUAUUACAUGUUAGAUCAUUGCCAUUUGUAUACAUUCUUCAGAACAAAUAAGAGAGUUGAGCCUUUUGCCCAAAUGGGGUGACGCUUGUCCAGCUUCAGAAUCCCUUACCCAUCCACAAUUAUAAUAGUUGUGCUUUAAAUGAUAUGUGGUGCAUGCAGUACAAAUAGAAAAACAACAGCAAAGUCAUUGUUUGAUAUGUAAUGCACACAGCUAUAGGUUAUAUUGUAUAUAGAAAGUGACAAUAAUGAAAUGUCUUGUUACAUAUACAUGCCACUAAACCAAUGAUCACUUUGUAUCUGACAAUUGGUUUUACUGGGGAAUUACUUACUGUACAUAACCUACAGUAUGACAUUUGUUUGACUGAAAUGUGUGGUUAAAAAAAACCCAAAUGUUUUACAUUGGAACAACAGGAA